UUUCAGGCUUCUCAGUCCCUUAGGUUUUCCUGGUCGCACAGUCCCGUGGAGAAGGCCGGGGAGUAUUGCUCCCCGCCUCACAGCCCAUGGUCGGAGCCUCCAGUGGUGCUCACAGUUGGGAUUGAAGCUCGGAGUCACCGCCGGAACCACACCAGGGCCGAGACUAGAACCGCCAUUCCUGCAGCGGCUUCUACUCCCGCCCGGCUCAGCCCACAGAGGGCAAUGGCGGCGCCCCCGCUGAGGAGACGGGCUGAGGUUGGCGUGACCUUUGAGGACAUUGCCCUGUACUUCUCCAGGGAGGAAUGGAGCCUCCUUGAUGAGGGUCAGAGACAGCUGUACCUGAAUGUGAUGCUGGAGAACUUUGAACUUAUAUCCUCCCUGGGUUGCUGCUGUGGAACAGAAAUUAUGGAGGCAAAGACUGAACAGAAGGUUUCAGUAAGAGUGUCACAGGCAAGGAAUCCCAAGUUAGCCUUGUCAUCCCGCAAGAGCCACCCCUGUGAGAGUUGUGGGCUCGUCUUGGAGAACAUUUUCCAGGUGAUGGAGCUGCAGGGAACACAACGCAGACCGAUACUAUUGAGGUGUGGGUCGUGUGAUAAACGAUUUUAUUUCUGUGCAAAAUUUCAACAGCAGCAUGUGACAGAGAAGACUUUCAUUAGAGGUGUGGAGAGGAUCUCACUUGCAAAUAGCUGCAAUUUCAAUGUGUCCCAGAAUCAUUUCACAUGCGGGGAGGUUGGGCAGGGUAUCUUUAUGGAAUCAGGACCUCUGCACCUAAAGGCUAUUCAGACCAGGGACAGUCCAACUGCAGUUUCCACGUGUGGGAUGACGUUUCAAAGGAGAAAAAAAUAUUACAAUAGAAAAGAAUGUAAGGGAGACAUUAGUUGCACCCACACUGUUAUUCAGGAAAAAGGUGUCCAUCUUGGAAGUUGGGGUUUUGGGUCCUCUGAAUGUGGAAAAUUUUUUACCAAAUGUUCUAGCUUUCAUUAUCAACAGAGAGGUCACACUGGAGAAAAGCCUUAUGAAUGUAGUGAAUGUGGGAAAACUUUUGCACGGAGCAAUGGCCUCUGUUAUCAUCAGAGGGUUCAUACAGGAGAAAAGCCUUUUAAAUGCAGUGAAUGUGGAAAAUCUUUUGCACGGAGCGAGGCCCUUCGUUAUCAUCGGAGAGUUCAUAGAGGAGAAAAGCCUUAUAAAUGCAGUGAAUGUGGGAAAUCUUUUACCCUGAAAUCUAACCUUCGUUAUCAUCAGACAGUUCAUACAGGAGAAAAGCCUUAUAAAUGUAUUGAAUGUGGGAAAGCUUAUACCACUAGCACUAAUCUUUGUUGUCAUCAGAGAGUGCACACUGGAGAGAGGCCUUAUCAAUGCAGUGAAUGUAGAAAAUCUUUUACCACUAACACCCAGCUUCGUAGUCAUCAGAGAGUUCACACUGGAGAAAAGCCUUAUAAAUGUAGUGAAUGUGGAAAAUCCUUUACAUAUAGCAGUGGUCUCCAGUAUCAUCAGAGAGUUCAUUCUGGAGAAAAGCCUUAUCAGUGCAGUGAGUGUGGAAAAUCUUUUAUCGCUAAGGCUGACUUUCAUCAACAUCAGAGAGUUCAUACGGGAGAAAAGCCUUAUAAAUGCAGUGAAUGUGGAAAAUCUUAUACCACUAGUAGUGACCUUUAUUGUCAUCAGCGUGUUCACACUGGAGAAAAGCCUUAUAUGUGCAGUGAAUGUGGAAAAUCUUUUGCACGGAGCAACGCACUUCGUUAUCAUCAGAGAGUUCAUACGGGAGAAAAGCCUUAUAAAUGCAGUGAAUGUGGGAAAUGUUUUAAAAGUAUCAAUGGUCUCCAAUAUCAUCAGAGAGUUCACACUGGAGAAAAGCCUUAUCAAUGUAUUGAAUGUGGGAAAUCUUUUACCUCUAAGAACAUCCUUCAUCAACAUAAGAGAGUUCAUACAAGAGAAAAGUCUUAUAAAUGCACUGAAUGUGGGAAAUCUUAUAAAGGUAGAAGUGGUCUCCUAUAUCAUCGGAGAGUUCACAAUGGAGAAAGCCCUUAUGAGUGCAAUUAAUAUGAGGUAUCUCUCAGCCAAAUUUCUAAAUUUGCUCUCCACUAGACUACAAAUGUGAGAAAUUUCUUAGAUGUGUAGGAAAUGUAGUUUCUUAGUUAGAAGUUAACAAUAGUACAAGAAAAUUUGUUAAUCCUCAUUUUUCUGAAUUAUAUCCUAUACAUUUAAUCACCUAUCUUUUGUAAAGUUCCCAUAAGUGUUUUGGCUGUUCUAUGUGUGUGUAUUUAUGUUGGAGCACUAUGUAAUUAUGUUGCAUGUUCUAACAUACAGAGAUGUCCUGCCAGAUCUAUGUUACUGCACAUUUCUGUUGCUGAAGGUAUUUCACCUGAACCACCUAUAAGGUCUCUACAGAUGGCAUCAGUCACCAUCCUCCUGUGCCAGGGAAGCUAUGUCUGUUGUCUGAUUUGUCAGCGAAAAUGAGGAAUACCUGAGCCCUUGGUUCUUAUUUGUUUCCCUGUCUUGUGUUGCCACAUAGGACUCAUUACUGUUGGCCCCAGUAAACAUAAUGUUGCAGAAGAACUGCCAUUUUCAGCAACACACUUUCCGUAGAUGCUAAUGAUGAGUUUAUUGUGUGCCUAAGUCACCAAUGGAAGAACUACCAGUCUCAUGUCUCUUUGGUUUGUAAAAUAAUGAAGGCUUUUUCUUAAGACUUCUUUAAUCUGGGGUGUUCUAUUUACUCUAUCGGUUAGUUUAUACGGAGAUCAGGGCUUUCCAAGCGUGUUGAGGUGAAACACUUUUAUGGGGUCUCAAACAUUUUUCCCUUGGGGGAACCGUAUGGUUCAGAAAUUAGCUCAUCAGUUUUUUGCAAAUUUACAUUACUGCCCAUAUCUUCCUAGGAAACACUGUGUACACUCUACUUCUCAUGUAAAGAUGGGUGCUUUUAGACACAGAGAUCACUCCAAAGAGCUGGUAGCUGGGACAACCUCAGGUAUGUCUGGGAGCAUGAAUUUUUUUUCCUGUUUGCAAGCGAUGCCAAUACGUGUGAGGUGAAUCUCUUGCCCAGGUCUUGCAGGGGGCCCUGUGCCCUAAUGCCUACAAUAUCACGGGUGAUGGUCACUGGUUUGAGGACAAUGGCAUUCAGGGAAAACCCUUUCACUACAGAAACACUGACCUAAUUGUGGUUGGAUGAGACUGCACCCCUUUAGGUGGAAUAGUCCUAACCUAACUGUGCAUCCAGGAAUUAUUUUAGGAAAAGACCACAAGAGCUGUGUGUACACAGAUCUGAGGGACUCCAGGGAUGUGCAUCUUCUGUGGAGCAGUCAUUGUCAUUGAUUAUAAUCAAGAUGUUUUGUGGCUCCUGUAGUUUGUCAGAGUUCUCAUCAGAGCCAUUGUUGCGCUGGCAUCAAAAGAAAGAUGGAGAAAUUAAAGAUUGAAAUAAUAAUUUAAUCAAAAAUAGAGUACACAAUAACAGAAAAAGAAAGAUGGAGAAAAUGGCUGUCUUUAGUUAGGAAUGUGGCUUUUGUGGGUUUGGGUGAAAGUUCUUCAUUGUUUAUUACAUUUUCUGUCACUGAGAUGAGACUCACCCAGAGGUCAUAAGUACUGGUAUUGAGUAUAGAGUUGCCAAACCUGUUCUUCCAGAAUACUAUUGAACCAUUUUUAAUAACUAUAAUGAGUACAUUGCAUGUGUUAAGUAUACUGUUUUCAUAAAUCUUGACAUGUGCAUGAAACUGAAACCAUCAUUAUAGUCAUAAUGCUGACCAUAUCUGUCUCUGUGUAAUUGCAUAAUGACCUCUUUUAAUCUGUCCCUGUUCUUCACAGCUUUCCUAGUCCAUGGAUUUACAUUCCAUUUUCAUAGAGAACUUUAUUUUUCUGCUUUAGUUUAUGUUUCAUAAAUACUUGGAGUUUUAUUAAAGUUAGACUAGUAACUCAUCGUUUUUUCUGAUAUUCUUAUCAUUGAUAUAUCACCAUCAGUUUGCCCACUUUAAUAAAUAUUUGGUCAUUUCUAAUAAAGCUAGUACAAACAUUUCUGUAUAAUUCCUUGUAUGUAUAUAAGUGUUAUUUACCUUUGUCAAAAUUUCAGUGCAUAGUCUGGGGUUUUUGAGUUGAUGAAUGUUUAAAUUUACCGAGAUUAGCACAUUGUGAUCUAAAUGGAAUAUACCACCAGGGCCGGUUUGGCUCAGGACUUGUCCAUCUUCUUGUGAAGCACAGGGUUGUGGAUUUGAUUGCCAGUGGGGAUAUGUGCCUAUGUUGUGGGCUAGAUCCACAGAAGUGGGUGUGCAGGAGGUCACUGGCCAAUAUGGCACUCUUCCAUCAAUGUUUCUCUCCCUCCCUCUCUCUCUAAAAAUUAAUAAACUAUUCUUUAAAAAUAAAAAAUAAAUCUAUCCCUAGCCAGUUUGGAACAGUGGAUUGAGCGUCAGUCUGCAAACUAAAGGGUCCCUGAUUGGAUUCCGGCCAAGGGCACAUGUCUGGGUUUGGGGCUGUAUCCCCAGUAGUGUGCAUGCAGGAGGUGUGAUCAGUGAUUCUCCUCCUCUCUUCCUCUUCGAAAUUAAUAAGGAAAUAUGUUUAAAAACAUAAAACAUCUGUGUCUUAGAGCAUGUCUAACUAAGAAUGGAGUGACUCACCCAAUAGCCGAGCUCUAUGGUAUGCUAAUAAUAAAGAUUGUUUUUAAAAAAUAAA